AUUAAAUCGGGCCUAAUUAUUAUUAAGUACCUAAGAAAAACCUGUAGGACACAAUGAAGAUCAUGCAGAAGUUGUUGAAGGACGAUAGAGAUACAUUUUUAGUUCACACGACGGCCCUCAUGAACGAAAGGAAUCCGAUUGUAGAUCGCAUAAUGGAUGGCGAUUGUGUCGACACCGUCAUCAUGGCAAACAAAGAAGGGUCCCCAAUCCUCACGAACAUCAACCUGUCCGUGUCGACGCGGUACGCGGCGCGCAUGCGGCGACUCGGCACCAUGGUGCACCACAUGAUUAUGGAGCUGGACCCCUUCGACGAGCCACUAGUGUUCCGCUUAAAGAGCAAUAAGGAAGAAGUGAUGGUGGCUCCGCACCGGGAGUUCAGCAUCAUCGUCGUUCAGAGGGAGAAGACUAAGAAAUCCGCGCAAAAGAAGAAUUACUUAACGGAGUAACACAUUCUCAAUCAAAAAUUGUCCUAGAAACCGCUCGUAAUUUAUAACCGGCUGCUUGAUUUCUGGCAUGUGAGCAAAGUUUACGAGUGCCCACCAGAGGGGUUCUUGGUUGCGAGUGUUAAGGUGCUUCACACCAUAAGAAUUGACUCGUAUAGUAGCAACAUCAGCAAUAUCUACAGAAACAGUCAGGCAAUAUUUUUCGUAACUAUUUAGAACCACUUACCUACGUUCUUUCAUCUUUUGCGCGACCAUUUUAGAGAGUUUAGAAUAAAUACGAGUACUUACAAUAAACGGCCAUAAAGAAUACACAUCGGUUUUUCGUCUUCGUACAGCGUUGUCUCUUUCUUACUUAUGUGACGUUAUUGUCUCUUUCCAAAGACCUAUGUGCAUUCUUUAUGGCCGUUUAAUUACUGUACGCCUACUUUUUUUGUACACCUUAAAUAUGAGAUGGUGUUGAUUUUGCUUCUAUUUCUUUAGCCAUAUGCCAAACUGGUGUAUGGUAAAAUGCGGGUGUAUCUUUUCCGUCAUUACUAUUAGUAAUUAUUGUAAUGUGAAUAAGGUUAGGUAGGUAAUUUAAGUAAUGCAUUAAAGAUAUUGUCAUUAAUAA